ACAUCAUUGCAGGUCAAGACGUUGCAACACCGCGAGGUACGCGACAGUGCUGCUCAAUUGUAACAUUACGGGGACUAUAUGUGCAGUAUGGGGGACAGUGACGAUGACAGAGAGGGUUCAUCGGACCCUGGUAUUGACCUCACAGGUUUCUUAUUUGGUAAUAUAGAUGAGUCUGGACACUUGGAAAAUGACGUGUUAGAUAAUGAAUCAAAGAGACAUCUUGCAUCGCUCAGCAGACUUGGCUUGAGUUCCAUCCUAAAAGAGGUGAUAGAUGUGGAAGAAGCGGAAGUCAAGAGCGAGAGUGACUCGGAAGAGGACAAAGAGCAGGAGUCACGCCCACAGCAAGAAACAUCUGAAUCCAGCAGAGAUGAAAACUAUGACAUCAAGUCACCAUCAGCCGUGGACUACUCAGACAUAAAUGAACUGGCGGAUGAUGUAUCCGAGAUGAAAGCUAUUCUGCAGUGUGAUACUGCAUUGAAGGUGGAAGAUGGAACAGAAUAUGAUGCUGAUGAUGAGGACACAGGCUUGAAGUCUGACACCCAGCUCAUGCCACCUCCACCUCUGCCAGGUGCAGGAAAAGAUGAGAACGCAAGUGAACAUGAAGCUACAAGUGGAGACGGCAGACGGCGGAAACUGGACACCCCAUUAGCAGCAAUGCUGCCUUCCAAAUAUGAGAAUGUUGACAUCACUGAAAUUUUUCCAGACUUCCGUGUGGACAAGGUCCUUUGUUUCUCGCGACUAUUUGGUCCAGGCAAACCAAGCAGUCUACCACAGGUCUGGCGCAGUGUACGGAAGCGACGGCGACGGCGUAAACAGCAUCACCAUGAUCACUCUGACUCUGGAUCUGAUCAAGACAAUCAACGAGACAAGAAGAGAGGAUGGACAUUCAACUUUGCACCACCACCAACACCAGACAUGUGCCAGUCUGAUGAUGAGGACAAACUUCUGCGUCCAGUGGAAGACAAAUCACAGAGUGGCAACCAGGAACAGGGGGAUAGUAAUGAUAUGGAGCCCAAGGUGGCGGACUGGAGAUUCGGGCCUGCACAGGUCUGGUAUGACAUGCUGGAAGUGCCAGAAACAGGCGAAGGGUUCAAUUACGGCUUCAAACUUAGAGAUAAGCAGCCUGAUGACGAAGAGAAGAAGGAUGUAGCUGAGGACUUCCCGGAUGACUCAUACUUGAUGGUUUCGCAGCUGCACUGGGAGGAUGAAGUGGUGUGGAAUGGGGACGAUAUUAAGCAUAAAGUGAUGCAGAAACUGAACUGCAAGACAAAUGCUGCUGGAUGGGUACCCAGCAGUGGCAACCGGACUGCCCAGGCAUUCAGCCAGCCAGGCAAAGGCGUUCCACACAUAGUGGGAGGAACAGUGAGGUUGGCUUCCAGUCAGCUGGCAGGACUGUCAGCUUCUGCAAACAAGCAGAAUAAGUCGUCUCAGAUGCUGAUGAACAACAAGCACCCUCAGAGGACUGAGGACAAUACUGAUGACACCUGGUACUCCAUCUUUCCUGUCGAAAAUGAAGAACUGGUUUAUGGUGUAUGGGAGGAUGAGGUUAUCUGGGACUCCGAGAAUAUGACCCACAUUCCCAAACCAAAGAUUCUUACACUGGAUCCGAAUGAUGACAACAUUGUGUUGGGUAUUCCUGAUGACAUCGACCCAGCAAAACAGCGAAUUGAUUCUGUGGUUCCUGCAAAAGUUAAAAUCCCUCAUCCACAUGUGAAGAAAUCCAAAAUUCUCCUGGGCAAAGCAGGAGUAAUCAAUGUGAUGGAGGAAGACACGCCCCCACCACCACCAAAAUCGCCAGAUAGGGAUCCCUUCAACGUGUCCAAUGACAGAUAUUACAUGCCACGAUCGUCUGAGUCUUCAUUGCGACUUAAGGUGGGUGGCGGCAACCUGAUUCAGCACUCAACCCCUGUGGUAGAGCUCCGUGCGCCUUUCGUGCAGACCCACAUGGGUCCAAUGAGACUCCGUAACUUCCAUCGUCCACCCAUGAAGAGGUUCUCCCACGGGAUUCUUGCACAUCCUGGACCUCAUCCAGUUCUUCCGCUUCUCAAACAUAUCAAGAAAAAGGCAAAGCAACGAGAGCAAGAACGAGCUGCCUCAGGGGGUGGGGAUGUCUUCUUCAUGAGGACUGCUGAAGAUCUUACAGGACGGGAUGGAGAUUUGGUUCUAAUUGAGUUCUGUGAAGAACAUCCACCGCUUAUAAAUCAGGUUGGAAUGUGCUCCAAAAUAAAGAACUAUUAUAAGAGACGGGCUGGCAAGGAUCAGGGACCACAAGAGUACCGAUAUGGAGAAGUGGCAUAUGCGCACACUUCUCCCUUUCUGGGUCACUUGCCGCCUGGGCAGUCAUUGCAAGCAGUAGAGAACAACAUGUAUCGAGCCCCCAUAUAUGAGCAUAACGUUCCGGAUACUGACUUCCUGGUCAUCAGGACAAGGCAGCAGUAUUACGUUCGAGAGAUAGAUGCCCUGUUCGUUGCUGGCCAAGAGUGCCCCCUGUAUGAAGUGCCGGGCCCUAACUCAAAACGAGCUAACAACUUUGUUCGAGAUUUCUUGCAGGUUUUCAUAUAUCGUCUGUUCUGGAAAAGCCGAGACCUACCACGCAGGAUAAAGAUGGAUGAUAUUAAGAAAGCAUUUCCUUCACAUUCUGAGAGCAGUAUUAGGAAGAGGCUGAAACUGUGUGCUGAUUUCAAGAGAACAGGCAUGGAUUCCAAUUGGUGGGUUAUCAAGCCUGACUUCCGGCUGCCGACAGAGGAAGAGAUCCGUGCCAUGGUUUCCCCAGAGCAGUGCUGUGCAUACUUCAGUAUGAUUGCUGCUGAACAGAGGCUUAAAGAUGCUGGCUAUGGAGAGAAGUUUCUGUUUACCCCUCAAGAAGAUGAUGAUGAGGAAAUGCAACUGAAGAUGGAUGAUGAAGUGAAGGUUGCUCCUUGGAACACAACCCGGGCCUACAUUCAGGCAAUAAAGGGGAAGUGCCUCUUGCAGCUCACAGGACCUGCGGACCCCACGGGCUGUGGAGAAGGCUUCUCUUAUGUCAGGGUCCCCAACAAACCAACGCAAAGCAAAGAAGAGCAGGAGGCCCAACCAAAGAGAACUGUAACAGGAACAGAUGCUGACUUGAGGAGGCUGUCACUCAACAAUGCUAAGGCUUUACUGAGGAAGUUUGGAGUACCAGAAGAAGAGAUCAAGAAGCUGUCUCGUUGGGAAGUCAUUGAUGUUGUUCGAACGUUAUCAACUGAGAAGGCCAAGGCUGGAGAAGAGGGGAUGACCAAAUUCUCACGGGGGAACAGGUUCUCAAUCGCAGAACAUCAAGAAAGGUACAAAGAGGAAUGCCAACGGAUAUUUGACCUGCAAAACAGAGUGUUGUCGUCCAAUGAGGUGCUGUCCACAGAUGAAGGAGAAAGUUCUGAUGAAGACAGUUCUGACAUAGAAGAAAUGGGCAAGAAUAUUGAAAAUAUGCUGUCAAAUAAGAAGACUAGUACACAGCUGUCACUGGAGAAGGAGGAACAAGAAAGGCAGGAGCUGAGGAAGAUGAUCAUGGGUGAAGGUGGAGAUCAGGAUCAGAGGAAGGGGAAGGACAAGAAGAAGGAGGAUGAUGAUAACCAGUCCCUGAUGGGCUACAGCUCACAGCCUGGCCGAGUGUUGAAAAUCUACCGUACAUUUCGUAACGCUGAAGGUAAAGAAUUUACUCGAGUUGAACUUGUUCGGAAGCCUGCGGUUAUUGACACUUACAUGAAGAUUCGAACCACCAAGGACGAAGCCUUCAUCCGGCAAUUUGCCACAUUGGACGAGCAUCAGAAAGAAGAGAUGAAGCGUGAGAAGCGUCGCAUCCAAGAACAGCUGCGGCGAAUCAAGCGUAACCAAGAACGUGAACGUUUGAUGGGAAUCCGUGCAGCAAAUCCCACUAAUCCAACAAUGGGUACGACCCCUGAAGGAUCACUUCUGGCACCAGGUGGUAUCACAAGCAUUCCGGGCAUGCUGCCAAACCCAGUGGCACUUCCUCCUGUCGUGCAUCAGCCCCAUCAUCCACCACACAGUGCCACGCCCAAGAGGAAGAAACCAAAAUUGAAGCCGGAUCUCAAGCUGAAGUGCGGAGCUUGCGGAAAUGUGGGCCACAUGCGGACAAAUAAGGCCUGUCCCCUAUACCAGCCCUCUGCUCCAGCACCCCCUGUUAAUGUGGCCAUGACGGAGGAACAGGAGGAGGAGAUCGAAAAGCAGCUUAAUGCCGAUGAUGAGGACCUUGUCAACGUGGAUGGCACCAAAGUUAAACUGUCAGGAAAACUGCUUAAGCAUGCUGAAGAGAUGAAGCGCCGAACUUUAUUACUGAAAGUGCCAAAAGAUGCCGUCAAUUCAAGGAAGAAACGCCGUGCUGUUAACGAGAUGCACUGCGACUACUUGAAACGCCAGCAGCGACCAGCAAAUAGGCGACGCACAGAUCCAGUGGUAGAACUUUCAACUAUUCUAGAGUCCAUACUCAAUGAAAUGAGGGAUCUCCCAGAUGUUCAGCCUUUCUUGUUCCCUGUGAACGCCAAGGUACGGUCAAACUUUGCUGUUCCCGAUUAUCAUAAAAUAGUAACCCGUCCAAUGGAUCUUCAGAGCAUCAGAGAGAAUCUCAGGCAGAAGAAAUACCAAAGCCGGGAAGAAUUUCUUUCAGAUGUUAAUCAGAUAGUUGAAAACUCCACCUUGUACAAUGGUGCUAAGAGCUCAUUGACAGUGGCUGCCCAGAGAAUGUGGACACUAUGUGUGGAGAGGCUGGCAGACAAGGAGGAGCGUCUGAUGAGGCUCGAGAAGGCCAUCAACCCGUUGCUAGAUGAUAAUGAUCAGGUGGCCCUCUCUUUCAUACUUGACAAUGUUGUCAAUAACAAAUUGAAGGGAAUGUCAGAAUCAUGGCCGUUUGUGAAACCAGUGAACAAGAAGUUAGUCAAGGACUACUACAAUGUUGUCAAGUAUCCCAUGGAUCUGGAAACCAUUGCCAAGAAAGUUUCCUCACACAAGUAUCACAACCGCUAUGAGUUUCUGGCAGACAUUGAACGUAUACUGGAGAACUGUAUUCUGUAUAAUGGAAAGGACUCUACUUACACACAAAAGGCUGAGAAAAUGGUGAACGUCUGCCGCACAACAUUAGAAGAGUAUGGAGACCACCUGACACAGCUGGAGAGGAGUAUCUCGCUUGUACAGGAACGUGCUCUCGAACAAGCCGAGAUUGAUUCCAUUGGAACUUGGCUCGGAGGUGAAGAAGAGAAUUAUACCAUUGUGGAGACAGACCAUCUUCGAGAGGGGAGCCAGGCCAGUUCACCGGACAAUAUGUAUGGCAAGUCCCACCUCGAUGACUUUGACUUCGUGGAUGUAGAGGGAGACAUGGAGGCAGAGAUGGCACAGAGAACGUCUAGGCAGAGGAAGAAAGAUGUCUUGGCUGAAGAUUUGCAGUUCUCCAGUGAGGAGGAAGGGGAUGACAUAGCACUAUCUGAAGGUGACCCUGAUGCCUUGCCCGAUGAUGACAGUCAGCAGGCAGCUGAGGCUAUGGUUCAGUUGGGAAACAUUGGCUAUUACCCUCCAGCAUCAAGCGUCACAAAUGAACAAGAGGAAAGUAUGGAUGUGGAUCCGAACUAUGAUCCAUCGGACUUCCUGCUCCAUCAUGGGCUUCCUCAGCAAUGUGCCGCACAACUGUCGGGACAGGUGUCUGUUCACGACAAAAUACACGAUGACCUUGAAGUGAGCGAGUCUGAUGAUGAGAUGAGUGCAGCUGCUGCAAGCGUGAAUGAGUCCACAAAGCGAGAGGCAGAUGAGGAUGAUGAUGGUGGAGACCUCUGGUUCUGAGGCUGUCUUACUCUUUGUUAUUUUUUAUUUUAUCUUUGUCUUGUACAUAACAGAUUUAUGAUUAUUAUAUUUGGAAUAAAUAGUAGUAUAAUAAACAUACUAGCAAUUAAUCACAAUUAA